AUGGCGGCUCCGGCAGAGGCCUCGGGGACAGCCCGCCCCUCCAAGUGCCGCUACCCGCCCACGCUGACCAUGGUCACGGAGGCCGUCGGGGCGCUCAAGGAGCGGAAGGGCUCCUCCACCGCGGCCAUCAAGCGCUACAUCCGCCACAACUACCCCGGCGUGGACCCGAUCCGGCUCAAGUACUAUCUGCGGAAGGCGCUGCUCAAGGGGCUGGAGAAGGGCUACCUGGUGCGGCCCCUCAACUCCUCCGCCCAGGGGGCCACCGGCAGAUUCAAGUUGGCGGCCGUAAAGCCCAAGAAGGUGAAGCCCAAGAAGGCCCAGCCUGCCCAGGGGGAAGGCCCAGCCCCAAAACCGGAGAAGAAGAAGAAGAAGGCGGCAGCGGAGGGCAAGGCGAGGGCCGAGAACCCCAAAGGGAAGGAGGCGGAUGCCGAGGGCAAGGAGAAGGCCGCCAGCAAGAAAGCCAAGGCUGAAUCUGACCCGGCCCUGGCUGCCGACCCGGUGAAGCCGAAGCCGAAGCCGGCAGCCGAGGGGAAGGCUCCCAAGAAGCUGAGGGCCUCCAAGACCCUCCAAGUCAAACUGCCAAAGCUCCCCUCCAAAGCACCCCCCAAAGGAGAAGCCAAGACAGCCACCAAGGGCAGAGGCCGUCCCAAGGCUGGAGCGGAAGGCAAGACCGAGCCCCCCAAGGGUGAGGGAGCCAAGGAGGCAAAGGGGGGCCAAGCCAAGAGCCAGGCUGAGGCCCCCAAGGCCAAGGCCCCCAAGGCCAGGGCCCCCAAGGCCGGAAAGAAGGUGCCAGCGGCGGCCAAAGGCAAGGAGAAGGAAGCCGAGGGGGGGCCGAGCCCAGAGGAUGCCUGA